AUGGCUAACCCCAGCGUACGCUUCCUGUCAUUCUUAUUCAAGAGUAAUGAUUUGGUGAGCUUAAAUGGGCUAGUGGCCCUGGUCACUACGAGUGGCCAGGAGCUAUUCUCCUUGUUUGCCUUCCACUGUCCAUGCACACCAGGGUUGAACUUCCAGUACGGGCUGAUGACCAUCGGGGGGCCCGCCUUGGUGUUCUUCUUCAUCAGCAUCAUCCUCAACAACCAAACCAGGAACCUGGUGGCCGAGUGGCGGUGCCACAAGACCAAGAAAUGCUCAAUCAUCACAACCUUCCUCCUCCUAAAGUCCAUCCUAGUCCGUGCUCUCGUGGCCCCAGUCACCUGGUUGGUCAUCUCCCUGCUGCGCGGGGAGGCUUAUGUCUGCACAUUCAGCGAGUUCGUGGACCCGUCCUCGCUCAUGGCUGGGGAAGAGAGCUUUCCUCUCUCCCAUGCCACGUGGGUCCUGGCCAGGUUCCCUUGCAGGGAGGGCCCUGCCAACCUGUCCGACUUCCGGGAGGAGGUGAGCCGGAGGCUGAACUAUGAGUCUCAGAUGCAGAAUUUGCAGAUGCAGAGCCAGCGGGCUGUGGGUGCUGAGGGUCAGCCCCACCCCAGCCGCUUUGGACCCCCUCAGCUCACCCUUUCUCUGACUGGCCGUCUCCUGCUGUUGCUGAUCAAGUUCUUCCAGUCCUGCUGCUCGAAAUUCGGCUACCGCCAGGAGGACUACGUGGCCCGCUACCUCGCCAAUGAGGAGCAGCUCUUCCAACGCACAGCAGAGGUGCGCUCGCUCGCAAUGGCAGCCAAAAACGUGAAGCGCUUCUUCGGGUUCGUGGCGCUCAACAAGGAGGACGAGGAGCUGGUGGCCAAGUUCCCCGCAAAAGGCACCCACCUGAAACUACAGUGGGACAAGAUCACUGGCAGUUACCUGUUCCAGGAGAAGCUGGGUAUCCCCCUCUACAGCCGCCUGCACGAGUGGGCCCAGGGUCCACGUGGAAAGGCCAGCGUCAUCGACAAAGAGAUGGUGGCCCUGCUCCCCCACCCAGAGCCCAAACUUUCUGCCAGCCAGACUCCCAACCCCAGCAGCCCCAUCCUUCCUCCCGCAACACUGGCUCUGGGGGAAGUAUGAGGUUCAGAGGUAUGGGGUGCAGAGGAGAAGGCAGCAGACCCAGCUGCCCCUGAAGGACAGGUCUGUGGACUUGAAGAAACGCUGGCUUCACAGGCAGGAGUCCUGGAUGCAAAAUCCCAGUACCAAGUUUUCCCGAGCACCCCCGGGAGUGACUCCCGAGCACAGCCCCAAGUAGAACCCUGGCAGCAGAAAACCUCCAGAACCCAACUGCCACCAUGCUCAAGGCCACUCUCUACACACUUGAAUGAGCCUAAUCCAAGUGGGAACAGGCAGGAAAACCUAGGUAUGCGGGACCUGUGGCUGAGAUCGCCAAGCUCACUUGGAACGGGACUGGGCCUCCUCCUCCCACCUCCCCCGUUUUCCAGUAGCUUGGCAGUCACACCCACAAACUGCCCCUGCCAACAUGUAAUCUCAUCAAUGGCCAAGAUCCAGAAACUACAAACUAAAGUUCCUGGUAGAGAGGGUCUGAGAAUUUCCUAAUGCAGCUGCUUGACCUCUAAUACUCUAGCCCACUAACAUAGCCAAAGUCGCACACAUUAGUUUGGAUUGAACAUACUUACUUGUAUUCUUUUAUAUUCAGCCUUAAAUGGCUCCAGAAUUGAAAGAGAACAACCCUCACACAUUUUCCUCUUCAGUUGGGAAGGUGCUUGGUGGUGGGAUUGGUGUUUGAA